AAUUGACAUUAGCAUUUUGUCUCAUCAAAGUAUCAACUUUUCAUCGGUUUUGUUUUCGUAUAGACAAUGCGCGUUUACGUUAUUCAUUCAAUUUUGCCUUAACUAAAUAAAGAACUGGUUGUAUAUUAUAAAUCUGUUAACUAUUAAAAAAUGAACCGACUCGAGCAUUGCCAAGCGAGACUCGCAGAAAACGAGUCAUUCGUCGCGAAAGAUCGCUGUAUUAAGUUAUACGACGGCGAUGAAAAGACAAAUUUCGAAGACGGUGAAAUUGUUCUUACCAGUCAUCGACUACUGUGGGGUCGUAACGGUGAAAUUGCUCGUGGGGGUAACGCGUUAUCUUUGCGACUUAAGUAUGUACAAUCACUAGAAGAAGAAGAGGCUAGUUCGAUGCUCUUCGGCCGUAAGAAACGUAUUAUUCUUCGUCUCGCUGCAGUUCUGCCGGAUAAGACCCCAGGACCAAUGGAUUACAGUGUUGCAUCUUUUAUCAAAAUCUCCGGUAAAAAUGGUAUCGAAGUCGGAUUUGUACAGGCACUUUACGAGACUGUUGCCGCCAAAAUAUGGUCUAUAGAAGAAGGGGAGAGCAGUGGAAGUACUGCAGUACAUGGUGCACCCAAACGUGUAUUGAGGACAGGAAUAAUGGGCAUCGAACGAAAACUAGUUGAAAAACAGAAGCAGACAGACGAGAAUAUUACCAUGGCUUUUAAGGACCUUGGGAAGCUGAUGGAAAUGGCUAAAGAUAUGGUGGCUAUUUCUAAAGUCGUAAGCUCGAAAAUCCGGGAGCGACAGGGCGACAUAUCGGAGGAUGAAACUGUUCGCUUUAAGUCUUAUCUGAUGAGUCUUGGUAUAGAUGAUCCUGUGACGAGAGAUGGAACGCGAAGUAAUACAGAGUAUUUCAUGAAACUCUCUCAACAAUUGUGCGAAAUGUUACUUGAUCCAAUUACGGAAGCGGGUGGCAUGAUGUCGCUAGCAGAUGUAUAUUGCAGGGUAAAUCGCGCUCGUGGAUUGGAGCUGUUGUCACCAGAAGAUUUGCUGGAAGCAUGUAAAUUACUUGUAGGUCCCAUUAAGUUGAGACAAUUCCCGAGUGGUGCAAUGGUGUUACAGUUAGAAAAUCACGACGAUGAGCUAGUGUCUCGAGAAACGACUGAAGUAGUGAAAAAAUACAAUUCGAUAAGUGCUGAUGAGUUGGCGCGCGUCGUAGGAAUUUCUCUAUUGCUUGCUAAUGAACGAUUACUUGUGACCGAACGUUUAGGUAAUGUCUGUCGCGAUGAAUCAAUAGAGGGUCUCCGAUUUUACCCUAAUUUAUUUCUUCAAUAAUACCAUUUGACUAAA